AUGGUCUUCAUCAUUGUCCCCUUCAUGGAGUUCCUGCUUCCGGUCUUCCUCAAGCUCUUCCCUGAGAUGCUGCCCUCCACCUUCGAGACAGAGACCAAGAAGGCACGUUUUUCACACUGUUACAAUGUUAAUGACCCUGUUGAUGGCUGCAUAUCAAUGGUCUAAACUUGCUUCCUUGUCUCCUCUCAUUCAUCUGCACUGAUCUGAAGUCAUGAUACCUUAGGUGAAAAUGGCAGUUUUCCUGUUCUUCCAUAUCAAUGCAGAUGAAGGAAAGGAGACAAAACCACACUAUUGAGAUGCACCCCAGUAGGGGAUAUCCUUCCACAGACCUGUAGGCCAGUAGAAUAAGCAGGGGUGUGUCUCAGUAAUCUCUCCUUUCUUGUGCACUUGUUCACCUCCCUUCAUAGAUUUGGCAGUACAUUACUGUUCUAAGAAACUCCUUAGCCCAUGCCUACACCAAUCCAUUGUUUUUACAUUUGUCGGGAAUAAUGAAAGAGUGCACACUUUAUUGGGAUAUACCCCAGGUCUUUGUGUGGGAUUAGCCCCAGUAGGCCUGACCUAUCGGCUCCAAUGGUCCCUGUCUGCUCUGGCUAGCUGUUGAUCACUCAUGGCUGAAUGGCUCUCAGAUAUGUCCUCCUGUUCCUGUACAACAGUGGUGCCUGGCCUGGCCUCUCACAUCAUGGCCAUUGGGAUACCAACAGGAAGCAGUGGUAGAGACUACCAUUAGCCAACUGGUGCACUUUGAAAGUGGAAUUGUUUUCAAAUAGACCCUCUUAAACAUUACCUAGCAACUUGAUAGAAUGCGAUUGAGGCUCCUUUUUAGAACAUGCUCUGUUUCUAAAACCAAUUGCUAUUAGCUAAUGCUAGCCUAUGCAUAAGGCUAUGCCUAUCCAUUUGAGAAAUAACGUAUCUUUCUCCUAUCCUUCUCUCCCUCUCUCUUUCCCCCCUUUCUUUCUCUUUAGGUGGAGAAGCAGAAAAAGGGUCUUGCUGCUAAGCUAGAGCUGGCUAAGUUCCUCCAAGAGACCAUAGCAGAGAUGGCUAAGAGGAACAAGACCAAGGCUUUGACCGAGGAUGAGACGCAGCGCUUCUCCACCUAUGUACAGAAGGUAAUUUAGCCAGGGGGCAAAGGUCACGCAUCCAAAGCACUGAUUCAUGAUGUCAUGAGUGUUUCAAGUUUUCAUCCCGUUGUGUUCGGUAGCCCUGGUCAAAAGGUAAAACAGACCUGAUAACGCUCAAGAUGUGAUUAUGCAUCCUAAGCCUGUCUGCAUGACUAGAGUCCCAAGACUGCUCUAACUAACCCCUGUCCUCCCUGUGUCAUCUCCAGGUGCGUCACACAGGGGAGCAGCCCACCACUAAGGACAUCGUCAAGUUCUCCAAGCUGUUUGAAGACGAGUUGACGCUGGAGCAUCUAGAGCGCCCCCAGCUGGUGGCCCUAUGUAAGCUGCUAGAGCUGCAGCCCAUAGGAACCAAUAACCUGCUCCGCUUCCAGCUGAUGAUGCAGCUGAGAACCAUCAAAGCAGACGAUGAGGUGAUCGCCACUGAGGGUGUGCCUGCUAUGAGUGUGUCAGAGCUGCAGGCAGCAUGUCGUAGCAGAGGGAUGAGGUCACUGGGUCUGACCACUGACCAGCUACGCCAGCAGAUGCAACAGGUCAGACACUCAAUCUAUCUAUCUGCAGAUCACCUUGUUAAAGAUGCAUCACUUCAAGCCACUAAAGGAGUUAAUCUAUUAAUUGUAUUAUAAGGGUUGUGUCCCAAAUGGCACCCUAUUUCUUAGGGAAUAGGGUGCCAUUUUGGACGACAAACGAUUGGCUUCUUCAGUGACCUGUAACCUCUCUCUGUUCCAGUGGUUGGACCUGCACUUGAAGGAGAACGUUCCUCCCUCUCUGCUGCUGCUCUCCAGAGCCAUGUACCUGACCGACGUCAAACCCAUCAUACCCGUCAUACCCCCUGUACCCAAACUAGAGGUAAGACAUCAUACCCCCUGUACCCAAACUAGAGGUAAGACAUCAUAUUGCCUGUACCCAAUUAGAGGUAAGACACCCCAACCAGCUCAGUUCAGAUUGGUGAAAGGUAAUCUGAUUCUAGGUUUGGGAUCAAGGUACAUUUAUGCCUCCAGUGAGUCCCACAGAAGCAUAGGUUUCCCCGAGAACUAAGGCUUGACCAUCAGACCAUGGAGACCUCUUGAUUGUAGUGAUGUAGAAAUGCAGGUCAGCCAUGUGAAGUACUGUAUGUUCCUGCUGCCAACUCUCUAAGGCUGAGUUUACACAGCCAGCCCAAUUGUGAUAUUUUUUCAAAUAAUUGGUCUUUUGAACAAUCACAUCAGCUCUUUCACAUCAGAUAUUUUUCAAAACUGAUCUGAUUGGUCAAAAGACUGUGUAAAUGCAGCCUAUGAGUCUCUAACAGUCUCAGGACACUCUGUGGAAGGUUACAUAACUGGUUUUAUCAUUCCAUUUGUGUGUGUGUUUUUGUUUUCAGAACAGUGUGAGAUCAUGAGAGAAAUGUGUAAGUAUGUAUAAUGGUAGUGUAACAUCGAGUUGUGUUGUGUGUUGCAGAAGGCCACUCCUCCCCCAUCUGAGAUCCCAGAGGGAACAACAGCUUCCUCCUCAGACUUACUG